AGAUUUAUUUAUUACAAAAGAGUUUUUUGAUUAAAUGAAAAUAAAAGUUUCCUUAAUCGUUGCUCUAUGUUUUCAAGUUAUUGAAUUCUCGUAUCGAAUGAGAUGAAUUCGAUAAUGUUCCGUGGGUAUUUUCAUCGAUUGGUGAAGGUGAAGCCUGAAGCGGUGAAGACUCUGUGGAAACUGGAAAGAUCAAGCUGAGAUAAACCCGUUUAACAUAAAACAAAAAUAAAAAUAAAACAAUAAAAACAAUCAGGCCGUACUCUCAUCCGACAGUGAUCAGCAGGGCAGUCGGAACUUUUCCGUUUCUUUUGACAGCGUCGGUUCUCCAAGUUGUCCAAAGUGAAGACUUUCGAGGAAAAUCAUCAGUGAGCAGGAUACCGAUCCAGGAUGAUGGGUGACACGAAGAAAAUCGAGGAAGGCCUCGAAUUAGUCAAAUCGGCCGAAAAGAGCUUAAAGACUACCUUACUUAAAUGGAGACCGGAUUAUGAAGUGGCUGCUGGUGAGUUUACAAAGGCAGCUACCUGCUUCAAACUGGGUAAAUCAUACGAGCAGUGUAAAGAGUGCCAUCUGAAAGCUGCCGAGGCACAUAAGCAAAAUAGAUCGUUUUUUUAUGCAGCCAGGAGUUUGGAACAGGCCAUAUUGGUUUGUAAAGAUAUUGGAGAUUUACGUGAUGUAACCCAGAUGGCAGAGAGGGCUGCGCAUUUCUAUCAACAACAGGGGAAUUAUGAUGCAGCUGCAGGUGUCCUUGACAAAGCCUGUAAAAUAAUCGAGCCAACUCAACCUGAGCAGGCUCUGAGACUGUAUCAGAAAGCUGCCGAUAUUGUCACAAAUGAGGAUAGUCCACGGCAGGCUGCAGAAUAUGUUAGUAAAACAGCUCGUAUUUUAGUGAAGCUUCAUAUGUAUGAUCAAGCAGCAGAUGCUAUCCGAAGGGAAAUCGGACUACACCAACUGUCCGAGAAUCUUGCAGCUAUCGGUAGAUUGGCCGUCGUACUAGUGUUAGUCCAGUUGGCGAGGGGUGACACUGUUGCGGCUGAGAAGGCUUUCAAAGAAUGGGGCAAUUGUUGUGAUGCUCCUGAGGUGCAAACGUUGGAAUUAUUGUUGCAAGCCUUCGACGAAGAGGAUCCAGACGAUGCGAAGAGGGCUUUAAACAGUCCGUUUAUAAAGCACAUGGAUGUUGAGUAUUCCCGUCUUGCACGUGACCUUCCUUUACCGAAACCUUCAAUCCCUAAAGGACCGCAGGCAGCCGUACGGCCAAAUGCAGCACCUUCAUACGUCUCACCUAAUGCUACUAAAGUGCAAGACUCUAAACCUACUGAAGAAACAAAAGAUGACGACGAUGAACUAGAUUUAUGUUAAGUACAUAUAUAUAUUUUUUUUAAUGAAACAACAUUACUAUAUUUAUUUUAUGUUAUUACUAAAUAGAUAACUCUUCUAUGUAUUUUUAAAUUAAUUUAUGUGCUCUUUCGAUUUAAUUAUGAUAAAAUACCAUAAAUACUAUACCUAAGAUAUUUGAAAAAAAAAAGAAAAAAAGGCAAAAGUCAUUGGUCCUGAAGUAAGAGUUGUCUGUAUGAUGAGAUGUGUUAAUACGCAGUUUGCAUUCUUUAAAUUCUCAUUCUUAAACAUGUAUUUUGUUUUAUAUACAAGAAUGAUGUAAUCUUCAUAAUAUUUAAACAAAAAUUAAAUAAAAUAAAAUUUACUGCUGUAUAUUAUGCUUAUGCUUGAUAGACAGUUAAUAAAUGUAUGGUUGACCUUCAACCAAGUGAUUGUUUGUCGUAAGUCUGCACUUUUUAUUUUAUUUUAAUUGAGUAAUCGAGUGCACAAAGUGCAAUAAAUGACAUGGAUAACGAGAUAAUAUAAAAAAAGAAAAAAAAAAAAAAAAAAAAACCAAAAAUACAUCGAGUGGAGAAGCUAUCCAGUGAUAGCUCUCUUAAAUAAUUUAUUCAGUUUAAUCGUUCACAUUCUCGGUGAGCAACUCUCUGGGCCUGUUUUUUUUUUUAAAUCGAGUUAAGGGGGAUUGGAGGUUAGUGUGGAAUUUUUUGUAGCUGGAUUUGGCAACUUUGUUUAAAAAGUGAACAUUUAAGACGUUAGGAUGAUGCGGUGAAAAUGUAGAAUGCGGCAGUUUGAUGAUUGAUCUAAGGAUUUGUGAUUGUUGGGCCUGGAUUCUCAGGUGAUCGGAAGGUUUGAUUAAACCCUAUAGUUCUACAUAUUGGUUUCAGUUUGAGUUGUGUUUGAAUAUUUUGUUGUCAAGGGGGAGUUUAGAUUUGCUGCUAGUAGUCUUUUAAUAAAUAUGUAUCGUCGGUUCAGUUCUAUCCUUUUAAGUCAUGCAUAUGGAUUCCAGGUGAGUCGUAAGUAUUCAUUGACAUUUUCAGAUGUUAAGAGGCUAUGGAUUGGGACUUUGUGGAUUUAGAAGCUAGAAUGGCCGUAUCAUCAGAGUAUGUUAGGAUAGUGGUGUCGGGGUGGGAAGUGAUAGUAUAUUCUGAGUACAAUAGUGGCCCUAGGACCUAGGGGACUACUGCGUUCAUCAUAGAAAAAGGAGAGUUUGUUUAUGAGGACCUGUC